CAAUAGACAUCUAUAAAUAUAAACCAGUAAAUUUAGAAACCCGUGAUUUUAGACAUCUUUCAAUUUUGAUUUACAUAAAUUCAUAAAUUCAAAUAAAAAUACAAUUAAAUAUAUAAUCGCUUGCAAUUUACGAGCUAAUAAAAAAUUAAAACAAAACUUCUGUAAUGCUCGAGAGCAGUAGACCACAUUUUCAUUAAUAUAUCAAAGAAAAUACUGAAUAGUCUAUGAAUUAAUUAAAUAAAACUUUGAAUAAAAAAUAUCAUAUCGUGUAUUUAUUAUUUUUAUGAAAUAAAUAAAUACAUAUAUAAUUGCUGCGAAUAUAAUGGUCAGUGAAUAGCGGGUCCGGCUGAAAAGCACGUGGUUUAAGGCUCAAAAUCUUUCAUGAUCGAGUCAACCUUACAUGGUACAUGUGACGCAUGUGUACACAAACAAUCUUUCAUUACACAUAAAAACAUCGAAACCUAACAAGAGUAAAUUUAUUUGUUGGUUUGCUCUUCACGGUACAGGCACCGAUAAUCUGUAACCAGUGCGGCUAAAACGUGAGGAGAGAGUUCUCCCACUUAAAACAAAAUCACAUGAUGUCUAUAACGCUAAGAGAUGGAGAACGUUUUACCCACGAUUUGGCCGCACUGCCUGUAACUUUUAUUUAUGAAGUAAACGUCAUACUGAGCACGUCAACAUGUGGAAAUACGCUGAAGUGGAAGCAGUUUUGUCGAAGAAACAAUUUAUUGUAGAAACAAAGCACAUUCAAAAUUUCAAAAAUUACAGUCAAUCAACAAAAGGUAAAUUGUAUUAUGUACAGCAAUCCGGAAAAUCUGUAAAAUGUUUGAUUCUAAAAACAGCAAAUACUAUGGAGGAUAUUAACAAUCCACGAUUGAGAUCACGACGACCGAAGAUAAAUCUAUCCUCACUAGAGGAAAAGUCUGACGACAGUGAUGAAUCAAUGGACUUAACAACAACUAAAAGAAAACGAAAGGUAAAAGUACAAAAUGAAGCACAUGCAAAAAAAAUUACGAGUCAAGAUAUAUUACGAAUAUAUGAAGAACAAAGAAGUAAGGGAGACGAUAGCAGUGGUGAAGUAAUUCCAGACUGCGAUGGAGAAGAUGGAGACAGUACUCAUGACGAAGAUGAUACAGUUGAAGGUACCAUUGAACAUGAGUAUGAAAACAACAAUAAUGACGUAGAUCAUACAACCGAACAAGAAGAUAAUGAUCAUGAAUAUGAUCCAAUUAUUCGAAAUGAAGAAGGUACUUCGGAAGAUAAUAUAUUUUCGAAUACACAAGUUUCUACUGAUUCAGAACAUGAAGGACGAAACGCAGUAGACCAGGAAUUACAAAUCCAUGCCAUUGGUGGAAUGAUCGAUAAAAGAAACGAGCAGAAUAAUAAGUUACUAUUAGAAGAAGAACGACAACAGCGACUAAAAGAACUAAAACAAAAACAAAGCCGACAAGAGCAACUGGAACAAGAUAAUCGUGAACAAGAACCUCAGGAUCUAGAAGAGCAAAAAAUAUUAGAGGAAGAGCAACACAGAUUAAAGGAACUAAAACGACAAAAAGAUCAACGAGAACGAAAACAACGAGGACGAGAGCGUCAAGAGCACCGAGAACGAGAACAACGAGAACGAGAGUGUCGAGAGCAACGUGAACGAGAACAACGAGAACGAGAACGAGAACGAGAACAACGAGGACGAGAGCGUCAAGAGCACCGAGAACGAGAGUGUCGAGAGCACCGAGAACGUCGAGAGCAACAAGAACGAGAACGUCGAGAGCAACAAGAACGAGAACGUCGAGAGCAACGAGAACGAGAACACCGAGAACAACAACAACGAGAUCGAAUGGAACGGGAACAAGAACGACGAAACAGGUUGGAACGAGAUCAACGAAAUCGAGAACGACCCGAACGACGAAACCUAACCGAUGACGAGGAAGAGGAUGUAACAAAUCCAGUUUACAUCGGAGGGAACAUAUUUAUUCCUAGCCUUGCGUACACUGAGGCCUUUCGAGAAUAUAGACCCGCCAAAUUUAUAACGAUAAUGUCUCAUGCUAUUUGGGGUUAUAAAAAUCUGGCGCUUCGAGCUGUCAAAGUAAUGGGCAGAAACAGAAACAAAUUACCAUUGACUCCAGCAAAAAAAGUUGUAUUAGAAAAACAGUAUAGGAAGUUCUUGAAAAAAAGAAAUUUGUCCCGCGACAUGGAAAGUGUGGAGCGGAAUAGAAUUAAUAAAUAUUUGGGACGAUCUAUCACAAGUGCAGAAAAAAAAAUGAAGAAUCCUGAAUAAUACGUAUCUUCACUGGACUGUUGAAACAAAAUUAACUUUUUUAGUUUUUUCAUCGCAAGUUUGAAUUUUUUUUUCAUUUAGCGAGUUUUUGUCUCAUAUUUCUUAAGCCAUCGUGGUGAACGAAAUCAAAUUAAAAAUAUUAAAAAGUAAUUCUCUCAAACAAACAGCUAAUUACAACUCUUUUUAAAUAGAUAAUAUUAAGUUAAUUUUAUACAACUAAUUUUUUAUUUUCGUAGUAAAAUAAUAAUAGUAA